AGGGCCGGUACCGCCCCGGGGAGGGCAGCAGGGCCGGUACCGCCCCGGGGAGGGCAGCAGGGCCGGUACCGCCCAGGGGAGGGCAGCAGGGCCCGGUCCCGCCCCUCAGCGCAGGAAGCGGAAGGCGCUGCCCGCCCUUCCCGCUGCUGCUCCCGCUCCCUGCGGCCGCGGCGCUCGGAGCAUGGCGCUGCCGCGGCUCCUGCGGGCAGCAGCCCCGAGGCUCUACAGCAGCUUACCGGCCCCGGCGUCGGCCCCGGCCUUGGCCCGGCCCCGCGCUGUGGAUGACAAGCUGCUGUCUGAGCCUCUCAGCCACCCGGAUUUCUUCAAUGUGAAGGAGCUUUUCUCCCUGAAAGAUCUGUUCAAUGCACGGGUGCACCUGGGGCACAAAAAGGGAUGCCGGCAUAGAUUCAUGGAGCCCUACAUCUUCGGCUGCCGCCUGGAGCAGGACAUCAUUGACUUGGAGCAGACGAUGCAGCACCUCCAGCUGGCUCUCAACUUCACCGCCCACGUCGCCUACCGCAAGGGCAUCAUCCUGUUCGUCAGCCGCAAGCGCCAGUUCAGCCACCUGAUCGAGAGCACGGCGCGGGAGUGCGGGGAGUUCGCCCACACGCGCUACUGGCAGGGCGGGCUGCUCACCAACGCCCACAUCCACUACGGCACCGGCGUCCGCCUGCCCGACCUCCUCAUCUUCCUCAACAGCCUCAACAACGUCUUCGAGCCCCACGUGGCCAUCCGGGAUGCUGCCAAGAUGAACAUCCCCACGGUUGGGGUGGUGGACACGAACUGCAACCCCUGUCUGAUCACCUACCCCAUCCCCGGCAACGACGACAGCCCCGCUGCCGUGGAGCUCUACUGCAAGCUCUUCAGGAUGACCAUCAUCCGCGCCAAGGACAAGAGGAAGCAGACUGAGCACUUUGGUGACCUGAAGAGGAAAGCAGAAGGCAAUUAGAGCCUUAGAGGCAGGCUCAGCUGUGCCCCGCAGCCAGGGCCCCAGGUUUGGCAGCGCUAGGUGGGGAAGGGACUUCCCAGCUCUGCUGCUGCACAGAGUUCCCACAGUGGUCACAGCUACUCUGGGGCUCUACUUAAAACCGGUCCAGAGCUAUUCGAGGGGAGGUGGAGCCAGGCCAGACCCAGCUCCCGUCCUUCUGGUUGUCCCUGUUGCAAGGAGGUGACAGUGUCCUGUGACCUUCCUGCUUCUGAGCUUGUCACCUCACAUGAAACCAUUUUUAUGUCGCCUCUCCUCUUGAUAUGACAAAUAAAGGGCCCUGUGAUCCUUG